GCAGCAGUGCAGUAGAUUUGUCGUCGGGUGGUGGACGUACAAUCGAAGUUUCUCCCUAUGUCCCCCGCAUAUCUCAACAACACUUUGUUCAGUGUCUGUGAAACGGCAAUUCCAAAAAAGAACAAACUUUUUCAACAACAACAAAAUUCAGAAUAGUGGAUUAUGUUCAGUGGUGAUUGCAACAAGUGAAAUACACCUCAUCAAAGAUUGUCCAUCGCCAUUUUCGAAAAGCAAAAACACAAAAAUGGAUCACCGUCAUUAUUCACCUGCCGGAUUAUCCGAGUCGGAAUUAGACGAGAGCUCGUCUACGGCCAGCUCACCGAUGAGCAUUUCGAGUGCGGAAGCCAGUUCGCCGUACGACAGCAGCCGAUUGAACGGCGGCGACGAAGAUCCAACGGAUAGUUCGUUCUCGACGUCGGUCCAUUCACCGAGCAUCAUCAGCUCAUCGCCUCCUAGUCCGUCCGAAAGCCUCUGCAACAAUAAUUACGCGAACCAGUGGUCUAACCCGUAUUGCAACGCAACGAAAAGUGUCCGGUGGUUCCGUGACGAUCGUGGCCUUUGGAGCGAACGAUCAUCGUCCAAUCGACGAAACACGAACAGUCCCUACAAUCGGAAUACGUUGUCCAGUGCUGCCACGACCCGACUCAACAACGCCAGCAGUCAUAAAGAAAUGAGCGAAGUGCUGAUCGAAGCCGUUCAACGCGAAGAUCAGGUGCAGCUGCGCCAUUUGCUCGCCAAGAGCGCCACCCACGUCAACAUUUUAGGACAGGAAGGCGAUUCGGCACUGCAUCGAUCAUGUCGGCAAGGAAACUUGGACACAGUCAAAUUACUCGUACGUUAUGGAGCUGAUCCGGAAUUAGCCAACCGCGAGGGAUGGAGUCCACUGCACUUGGCCGCACACAGCGGCUACCACGAUGUUGCCCUUUAUCUUUUGUCUCUUACCCGGCGGUAAUCACCUCUGCCUUCUUCCUUUUUCUUUAAAAACUGGAUUCUUCCGCCUGCUUAUUUUUGAUCCCGAAUGUCACAAAGUCAAGUAUAGUUGCAAAGACAUUCGAACAAAACAAAGAAAAAAUGGAUCAAAAUCGUUGGAAUCCCCGAGUCACUGUGAUUGGCGACGUGCGGAAAUGCCUCGAGCCUCCCCUUCUGACAAACUGACAUUUUUUUUUUAGAGGGGGACACAUCAAUGGAGAGAGAACUGCCGAGUCUAUUACUUGGUAAUUAGAUUCAAUUUUGUUUUGUCGUCUUGAAAGAAAAAAUAAUUAAAAAGUCGUGUAUCAUAUGGAAAAUACCACAAUGCAGCAUAUGCCUUCGACGAUUCGAAUAGAAUCAACCAUAUAAUAAUAAAACAAAAAAUUCCUCCUUUGUUCUUGUAAAAUACGAGUCUUUUCAUAUCUGGAAAUUACUGAUUUUUUUUUUUCUUCUUUAAAACUUAAAAAAAAACAAAAACAACAAAAAAAUGGUUUAAUGUUUGUAAUGACGUCCUCCUUUUUUUUUAUUAUUUGUGUUGUUGCUCUGUACAGUACCACCUUCUACACAUGUGAUUGUGUGGCUGAAAAAUAAAGGCUCAUGCAAAUUACA